GUAAUGAUAGUGUCAAUUGAAUCCCUUGAAAACAAUUGGUAAGAGUUAUUUUGAGUAAAAGUGAACACAGAUUAACAUUGAAUUUCAUGGUCAAUUUCAUAAUUUUGUUCAGUUAAAUGUUCAUUCAAUGAUCAAAACCCUUAUUGAGAUAAAUUGUAAUUUAAAUAAAAGUCAUUUACAAAUAGUAAAAAAAUAGCAAAAAUUUGGUUUUGAAAAAUAGAGAUGUAAAAAGAUGGUAAAGUGAACAAUGUUAAUUAAAGAAAAAAGCUGAAUGUCGAAAGCUUAAAAUGAUAUUAUAACGAAACUAUAAAUGUAUAUUUCAUCUUCUCUGUCUAUUUGUCUUCUUUAUCAUCAUUUCCACUCCAGACUCUCUUAACAACAAUAAUUGUCUCUUCAUUCAACCUGAGCCUCGCAAUCAAUCACAUUCAUCUUCAUAUUUUAUGUUGUUGAUAGCCUUAAUAUUGUUCACUUGUAAAUUGGUUUCUGUGUCAUUAAGUCUUCCAUUGUGAGAAAUCUUUUUUUUUUCCUCUUGCCAUUGCCUUUUCUUUCCACCACAGAUCAAGUUCAAGUUAAAGUUCAAAAGUAUCGCCACCAAUGAGCCGACGUAAACCUGUCGACUCAGGUCAUGAUAACCUGGGUGUUGAUAUGGAUCCACAUGGUGAUGUUGACGGAGUUAAAAGCUAUUCCAAUUCAAUGCCGCCAAGUCCUCGGUUAAACAUUAAUCGGAUCGCCUAUUCAGUCCGUGAUUUCAAUGAAGAGUUUGAAACGGUUGAACCAAUCAAGAAAACCUUACAAUCCAAAGUUUCUCGCCAUUUUAUUGGAGCCUUUACCUGUUCACCGGGAGAUUUCAUUAGAAGUGUUUUUCCAAUAAUUGAUUGGGUUAAAAAUUAUAAAGUUAAACAAUGGUUACUUGCCGAUUUGAUUUCUGGAUUUACUGUUGCCAUUUUUCAAGCGCCACAAAGUAUGGGAUACAGUUUAAUUGCUCAUGUGCCUCCAGUUCAUGGUCUGUAUACAUCCUUUUUCCCAUGCAUUAUGUACACGCUUUUUGGAACUUCAAGGCACUCAUCGAUUGGUGCAUUCGCAAUAGUUUCUGGAGUAAUGACUGGGAAUAUUAUAGUCAAAGUAAUGCUAGAUGCCGGACAGAGUUUAGAGCAGAUUGAAAAGACCGCAAUGGGUGAAACUGUGACUGAAGCAGCGAUUACAACAGUCUCUUCUAUUACUACUUCAUCGAUAACCACCAUUCAACCAGGAUUCAAUGAUGACCGUAUUAAAAUUGAACCCGCUGAAAUUGCUGCUGCAAUCAGUUUCGUUAUGGGAGUAAUUAUGCCAUUAGGAUCUUUACUUCGUUUAGGUUUUAUCUCAAUCUACCUCUCAGAUCAGUUUUUAUCCGGCUUUACGACAGCAGCGGCUCUCUAUAUUUUUACAUCCCAGCUUCGAUACUUGACAGGAGUUCAUCUUCCAUACAGAAGUGGUUAUUUUGCCAUUAUCAAAACAGUAUUAGAUCUGAUAGAAAAAUGGACACAAAUAAAGAUUCCUUGUGUAUUGAUAUCAUUCGUCUGCAUAUGCAUAUUGUUGUUUUCAAAAAUAUACAUAAAUAAAUGGCUUUUCAAAAAAGGAAUCCAAAUACCAUUUCCAAUUGAGUUGUUGGUUGUUAUUGGAGCAACCCUUGUUUCGACAGUCUUCGAUUUCCAUGGAAAUUAUGGUGUUCCUGUUGUUGGUCACAUACAAGCUGGGUUGCCUGCUCCUAAACUGCCUCGCUGGGAAGUUGUACAAAUGAUAGCUUUGAAAUCAAUUCCAUUGGCUUUGGUUGGGUUUACCAUUGCGUUAUCGAUUGGUAAAAUAUACGGACGUAAACAUGGAUACAAUGUUGUUCCUAACCAGGAGCUGUUUGCCAUCGGAGUUUCCAAUUUUUUCGGCUCUCUCUUUUCAUGUUUACCGGUGGCUGCUUCAUUGCCAAGAAGUGUCACUCAAGAAGCUUCUGGUGGAAAAACUCAGUUAGUUAGUAUUAUAAACAGCUUCCUCAUUUUCUUUGUCCUGAUGUAUUUGAGUCCAUUGCUUGACAAACUGCCAAAUUGUGUAUUGGCUUCAAUUAUCGCUGUUGCAUUGAGAGGAUUACUUGCUCAAUCGAGACAAUUUCACAUGUAUUGGAAAAUUUCAAAGCUAGAUGGCGCUGUUUGGAUGAUUACUUUUCUCUCAGUUAUUAUUCUGGAUAUCGAUUUGGGUCUCUAUUUCAGUUUAGCGAGCUCUCUUCUCAUUUUGAUUUACAAAUCAUCAAGGCCAAAGACUUAUUUACUCGGACCAAUCAAUGAAACUGACGUUUAUGUUCCUGUCAAAAAAUAUGUUGCAGCUAACUGUAUUGAAGGAAUCAAGAUUUAUCAAUUCUGUGGACCCCUUCAUUUUGCCAGUCUUGAGUUUUUCAAGAGUGAUAUGCUCAAAAAAAUUGGAAUUGAUUUAAAUGAGUUGAUAAAUUUACGAAAAAACAAAUUCCCUGAAGGUAGUCAAGAAGGACGCCGACGAUCAAGGAAAGACAUUCGUUCAUUGGAUAGUCAAAUAGAGUUGAUGACCAACCCCAAGUGGGCCUCUGUGAUUAGAGAAUGCCGUAUUGUUAUUGUCGAUUGUUCCAUGCUGUCUUAUAUUGAUGCCAACGGAGUGACAGGACUCAAAAUAACUGCUCAAGAGUUUGGACAAGUUGGAAUCCGAUUCUUUUUAGCCGGCUGUGCACCACAUGUUAUUCAGAUGUUGUCAAAGGAUCAUUUCUUCCAAGAAGUCGGACAAAACAAUGUGUUUAUAUCAGUUCAUGACGCUGUGCUGGUGGCAAAUAAUUUCAUUGGUGCUUAUUCUGAGCCUAAAAUUCAAAAUAGUCCCAUCGUAAUUGAACCAUUUUCAUCCAGAGAUAAACACAAAACAAAUUCCUAACAAAGGAGGUGAUUGAUUUACAUUUCGGGGAAUAGCACCUACUAAACUCUUUUGACAUUUUUUCUGUACAUAAAUAACUACAGUAUUUGAUACCUAAAACAUUUAAAUUCAUAUAUACCUGUUACCUGUUAUCUUUAAUAUAAACCAAUAUUUCUCUAAAUUAGUUUGAAGACAAAUUGCCAACAAUAAGCUACUAUAAUUGUUUAGUGUGAAUAACUAUAUCUUCAUUUAAAAGAUAUUUCAAGUUUUUCGGUUAUUUUAAAAAAAAUGUAUCAAUUAAAAAUUGGAAUCAAUGUUAUUAUGUAUUUCCAUCACUGUCAA